GAAGACAAGGUCAAACCACUUAAAAAAUUAACUUUACAUUAUAUGUAUCAAAUGAUAAUAAUGUAUUAUCAGCAGAAUAUUCGCAAAGAAAUAAAUUGCUCAUGACACAUUUCAUCUAGAUAUUUGUUAGUUAAAAAUUUACUGUCCAAAAGAAAAUGACUAAGAUGAAAGUAAAAGUCGACAUAAAACUGUGUGGUGUUUGUGGUGAUAAAGCUCUUGGUUAUAAUUUUAAUGCUGUAACUUGCGAGAGUUGUAAGGCAUUUUUUAGAAGAAAUGCUCUCGUACAGAAAGAAUUUAAAUGUCCUUUUAAUAACCAAUGCGAUAUAACAACGGUUACAAGAAGAUUCUGCCAAAAAUGUAGACUCGACAAGUGUUUCAGAAUAGGUAUGUGUAAAGACUUGAUAAUGUCAGAACAGGAUAAAGUCGCCAAGCGACAGAAAAUAGAAGAAAAUAGAGCAAAGAAAAGAAGUAUCGGCGGAUUUAAAUCAGGUUUUAAAAAAAUUAAAAAAGAAUCGAUAGAAGCAGACUCACAAGAAAGUGAUUAUUUGGGUAGCAAUUAUAAUACUGAUUCAGAUUCUAAAGACACAAGUUUUGCUGAACAAAAUUAUGAUCCAAGUAAUGACAAUAUAGUUAUAAACUACAUUGAUACCGAACCAAGCAAAUUAUCAAACGAUGAAAGUAUUUCCUCAUCAAAUGAAAGAUUGGUUUCAUCAAGUGAUGAUAUUUCUACAAUAAAGACUAUCUUAAAUGCAAGUUCAAAGGAUAAUAUCUGUAUGUUAAAUACUUUAAUUAACAAUAUUGAUACGAACUGCAAUAACAAUACAAAACAUGGUUCUAUUAAUUCCAGUGUUCCACAAAGUACAACUCCAACUGCAACGAUAGAUGUUACCAAAGAUGUAGUCAAUGAUGUGCAAAGAGUAAAUUCACUGGAUCCGAGCCCCAUCGAAUCAAUCCUUUGUGAAGCAAUUAAAUUAGAAUAUGAAGCUUUCUCUGCAAUAGCUCAGUCUCACUCAAAUUCAAGAGAGUUAAAUGACGCUGAAAGGGCAAAACUAAAUGAACUUAUAGUCGCCAAUAAAGCUCUUCUACCACCUGUCGACGAUGAACUAAAUAGCCUCCUGACAGUAGAUGACUGUAAAUUUAAGUCCUUUUUACAGGGAAACCCCCCGAAAAUGUUGGAUGCUGAUCCGGGAUUGUUAGAUGUGAUAAAUUUGACUGCCCUUGUUAUUAGACGACUAAUUAAGAUGGCCAAGAAAAUUAACUCGUUUAAAAACAUGUGCCAAGAGGACCAAGUUGCGUUACUAAAGGGAGGCUGCACGGAAAUUAUGAUUUUAAGAAGUGCGAUGAACUACGAUCCCAAAAAACAAACAUGGAAUAUUCCUAGUCAAGACAAUAUAACUUUAAAUGUUGAUGUACUCAAACUUGCUAAAGGAAAUAUAUACCAGGAACAUGAACGCUUCAUAAAAACCUUUGAUCCAAAGUGGAGAGUUGAUGAAAAUAUUAUAUUGAUAUUGUGUGCAGUGGUCCUGUUCACGCCUGAAAGACAAAGAGUCAUUCACCAGGAUGUGAUUAAAUUGGAACAGAAUUCUUACUACUAUCUUCUAAGAAGAUAUCUGGAAAGUAUUUACCCAGGAUGUGAGGCGAAAUCAACAUUUUUAAAACUGAUUCAGAAAAUUGCUGAACUUCACAAACUCAACGAGGAACUGAUAAAUGUGUACCUAGAUGUAAAUCCUUCAGAAGUAGAGCCUUUACUAAUAGAAAUUUUCGAUUUAAAACACAAACAGUGAAAAACUACUUAAUUCAUAUCAAUAAUUUUAAACAAAAAUCCUCAGGAAUUAUAGUUUGUACUAAAUUGUACAUAACGAAGAAAGUAAUCAUCGGUUGAUUAUAUUAUGAUUGUGUCACAAUAGUAUUCAGGAAGAUAUGCAAAAGCGGUGUGCAAUAUAAUUAUACAGGGUGAUCUAAUUAUAACUGUAGUACCGAUCGAAAAACUGGAAAUACUUUGUGGAUCGAUUUAUCAUACUGUAAAUUUGAUUGUUACAAUUACAGAAACUUUGAGUAUGUUUUAACUUAGAGAGCCUAUUUACUUGUUAGUUAUAUACCGAUACUUCGCUACGGUGAAACCAAAAUUAUACAGGGUGAUUCAGAACUUAUCUGAAAAAAAAUUUUUCAAUGUACAGGGGAUUCUUACAAAUACAAUU